UGACUUUUCUCACACCAAGGGGAGGACCAUGUCCCUGUUUCCAUCACUCACUCUCCUUCUCCUGAGUGUGGUGGCAACAUCUUACUCAGAAACUGUGACCUGUGAGGAUUCCCAAAAGAUCUGCCCUGCGGUGAUUGCCUGUAACUCUCCAGGCAUCAACGGCUUCCCAGGCAAAGAUGGGCGUGAUGGCACCAAGGGAGAAAAGGGGGAACCAGGCCAAGGGCUCAGAGGUUUACAGGGCCCUCCUGGAAAGUUGGGGCCUCCAGGAAAUCCAGGGUCUUCUGGGUCACCAGGACCAAAGGGCCAAAAAGGAGACCCUGGAGAGAGUCCAGAUUGUGAGAGUAGCCUGGCUGCCUCAGAAAGAAAAGCUCUGCAAACAGAAAUGGCUCGUAUCAAAAAAUGGCUGACCUUCUCUCUGGGCAGACAAGUUGGGAACAAGUUCUUCCUGACUAAUGGUGAAAUGAUGAGCUUUGACAAAGUGAAGGCCCUGUGUGCCAAGUUCCAGGCCUCUGUGGCCACCCCCAGGAAUGCUGCAGAGAACAGAGCCAUCCAGAAUCUCAUCAAGGAGGAAGCCUUCCUGGGCAUCACUGAUGAGAACACAGAAGGAGAGUUUGUAGAUCUGACAGGAAAUAAACUGACCUACACAAACUGGAACAAUGGUGAGCCCAACAAUGCUGGUUCUAAUGAAGACUGUGUAUUGUUACUGAAAAAUGGCAAGUGGAAUGACAUCCCCUGCUCCUCUUCCCAUCUGGCCCUCUGCGAGUUCCCUAUCUGAAGGGUCACAUCACUCAGGCCCUCCUUGUCUUUUUACUGCAACCCACAGGCCCACAGUCUGCUUGAAAAGAUAAAUUAUAUCAAUUUCCCCUUAUCCAGUAUUGUUCCUUUUGUGGCAGUCACUAAAAAUGAUCACUAACAGCACCAACAAAGUAAUAAUAAUAGUAGUAGUAGUAGUUAGUAGCAGCAGUAGUAGUCAUGCUAAUUAUAUAACAAUAUAUUUUUAAGAUAUACCAUAAGACCCUAUCUUUUGCAUCCUACAUUAAUUAUCUAGUUUAACUAAGCUGCAAUACUUUCAGUCGCAUUAACUUGCUGCAAUAUGAACAUAAGAUGGAUUUAUUUUUCCAUUUACAACAAACACCUGUGCUCUGUUGAACCUUCCUUUCUCUUUGGGUAGAGGGCUCCCCUAAUGACAUCACCACAAUUUAAUACCAUAGCUUUUUAACAAGUUUCAUGUAUUAAUAAAAUCUAUUUUGUAACUUUAUGAACUCUGUUUUCUUUUUAAUGAGAUAUUAAACCAUGUAAA